AUGUCUGAGAAACUGAGGAGAUGCAGAAAGGAGCUGACUGCAGCCAUCGACCGGGCCUUUGAAGGAGUCAGCCAUUCCCGGGAGUGCUCGGGCCGCCCGCGGGUGGAGCUGGACGCCGCCCCGCUCUCCUUCCCCCUCCCCGUGCACCGGCUCCUCUGCCGGAGGCACCCGCUGGUAGGCUGCUCCUCUGCGGCUCCAUUCUCUCCCGUCCCUGGCGCUCCGGAGAACGAGAACGUGGCCUUUGCACCAAACCAUGCCCCCGUGAAUGCAAAGCCCCAGGCGCUCUGCCCCAAAAGAAAACCUCUGAGCAGCAAGGAAAACAUCGUGAUGCGUUCCUCCAUUUUGGCACCCGAAAGACAGUUUUGGCGAGCAACAGGAGAUGGGGAGAACUGGAGAAAAGACAGUCUAAGGAAUGAUACAGAGAAGGAUUUGAAAGUUGACCCAAGCAUCCCACUCGGUUCCAGCCAAGAGGUCACAAAGGAUCUGCUUGAUAUGAUUGACCAUACAAGCAUCCGAACUAUUGAAGAAUUGGCUGGUAAACUAGAAUUUGAAAACGAGUUGAACCGUGUGUGUGGCCACUGUGAAGGUUUGCCUUUCAAGGAGGAAGCCUGGGCCCUGCCGGUGGACGAGAGCCCUCAGAAGGCCCCGGACGUAGACUCUGGCAGCCUCAAGCAGGCUUUCGAUGACCACAAUAUCGUGGAGACUGUUCUGGACUUGGAAGAGGACUACAAUUUGAUGACCUCUUUUAAAUACCAAAUUGAGUAA